AUAAAAACGCAAAAUAUUAUUAUAAUCAUCUGAAUCACGCAUUUCACAUCAGAUUCAUCGUUCGCGUAAAUCGCAAUGCACGUUUGUUAAGCUUGCAUCAUGCGUCGCACUUACUGUGCAGUUUUUUUUAUAAAGUGCAUUUUAAUUAACUUGUGCGUAGGUGAGCUAAGCAUUGAGAAAACGGACCAAGUUUUGAAUGGCUUCAUAGACUCGUUGAAUAGUCUACCCAAUCAGCUUUAUACUUAUGAAGAAGGGGUACUUUUAGAAGCGGAGAAGACGAAUGAUAACACCUACAAGGUCUGUGCACGGUUGAAAGUCAGCGACAUCCACAAUGUGGAUUCCGUCAAGAUAUUGCGUUGUAGAGGUGAACUAGUACAGAACGAGGACAAUGUACUGGUUCUCCAGCAAGGACAUGAGUGUGCGCAGGAGGAAGAUACCACGCAAGAUGCGGGCACUGAAGUUAGCGGCGAAGACCGUACAACGGAAUCUUUGACAGCUUAUGAGGGGCCUGUAAAGCUGUAUAAUGAAGUACAACAGCCUAAUACUGAGGUAACAUCAGGCGAGCAGUUCGUGGCGAUCCCUCGCGCGAGCCCCAGCGUCCCUUGCAUCGGGUGUGCUUCUCACGUAGACCCCAACGCAGCUGGUGUACCAGAGUUGGCCAACCUCGGCAUCCGACAUUUAGACCUCCACGACCCGGCCAAACAUACGCUAAGAUCCGUCGUUGAUGUCGAGAGACAGGUUCAGGUAGUAAAUGGCGUUCGUUACAUAGUCACCUUGAUUGUUGAUUACGACAAUUGCACGGCGCCUGACGCCGCACCUUGCCCUGUGAGUAUUCCAUGCAAAGUUUCCAUCCUCGAAAAACCAUGGAAGAAGUUACCAGACGGCUCAAAGUACCGAGCUAUACUCGCCAACAACUGCACUGCUGAAUGGCUAUUUGGUGACGAAGGUGAAAUUUUACCCGUUUUAGAAAAUAAUGAAAACAAUGAAAUUCACCCAGAACCCAAUACCGAUCCAGAUGCUCUGAAAGUUAUUCAUAAUUUCGAUGUGCAAGCCGGACCCAAUCAAGAGAAAGCUAAAGCUGACGAAGUUUUAAAAAAUAUCCAAGAUCAGAUUAUUCCACUUAGUGAAUUUGAUGUAUCUGGACACCAAAUUGAAGGAAGUACAACAGAGAAAACAUUGCCAACUCAUGACACUGACACUGCCGCGCAAAUUCACGCAGACGAAAUACAAAAAAGUUAUAAUGAAAAUGCGGCCGUGGGACAGCAGUCACAAAAGAGCGAGACUAAUUCUUUAUUAAACGAAGACAAGAAAAAAGCUAUCGAUGAUCUCAUGCACCAUUUUGACUUUGAUGGUUUCCAAAAACCGGGAGUUACCAAUGAUCAUCACAGAGAAAAAAGGAGUUAUGAUGAUUAUUUAAAAGCAUUAUCACAUACAAAUAAAGAAGAGAAAGUUGCCAGUACCAUAAAAAAUGCUAACUUCAUCCAAAAGUUGUGCCGUAAAAUGAUUGAUCACUUAAACGAAGUGGAUAUGGCUAUUCAAAACAGAGUACUGUCUGAUGUUUUACUUGUGAAAGAUGAAUUUUGGGACAAUAAGCAUUACUUCUACUUACAUACUUCAGUAACCAUUCCUUGCGACAAGGCCCAAUGUAAUAAUAAAAUUUGCAGUGGUGUCGUAGAGGCUACCGAUGAGAAUGAUCCUAGAGUACUCAAUGCGUUCUGCUAUGACGAUAAAUCAGAAAAGCAUUUCACCGAUGAAGAAUUAAUGUCGGUUGAUGACCCUGUACUUGUCGAACUAGUUCAACGUGCUUUAGAAAAAAUUGAAUCAGAAUCUCCUAAAGAUAAUGCAAUGAAGUUAAUAAAAGUGUUAGAUGGAACUGAACGAAAGGUACCUGGGAGUUCUGGGUCAUUAACAAGGUUAAUAUUGUCCCUUAAAUAUACAAAUUGUAAAAAAUCUCAGGAAUUUUACAGGCGAGUGAACUGCAGUACAAUUGAAGGUAUGGGUACGAAUAUAUGUCAAGUAGAAAUAUAUCAAAUACAUGAUAAUGUGCAGAUCCACCAUGCUUGCACUGAAAGAAGUUCACGCGAAGAUUUCUUAGAUUCAGAGCAAGUUAAUAGUAAAACUGGUAAUGACGAUCCGGAAAUUCGUAACAUGGUACAAGAAGCUUUACAGACCCUGGAACGUAAAACAGACGCCAAUAAAAAACUUAAAGUCGUUAAAAUAAAAUCAGUUUCAACCGAACUCGUUGCCGGUCUGUUAACAAAAGUUGCCUUCUCUGUUGGAUUUACCAAUUGCUAUAAAGAUAAGAUUGUAGAUGAUAAUACUUGUGAAUUGCUGCAAAAUACACCCAUUCGCGAGUGUGAAGCACAAGUGUGGGAUAGGCCAUGGCUGACAGAGAGUCGGCAAAUAAGUGUUAAGUGCGAAAAAGAUUCUGACAGACAUUCUGAUAUUAAAAACAAUGAGGUUCCCUUGCAUAGAAAAAAGCGAUCUCACUUUGUCGGAGGUGAAAAAGAGGAAAACCCUAAUGAUCCUCUCUAUAAACAAUUAGCAGAUGAAUCUAUACAACAGCAUUUAGCUUCUAAUAACGGUCAAGUCAGUGUAAAAGAUCUAAAGAUAAAAAGAGUAGUCAAACAAGUUGUUGCGGGAACUCUAACUAAAAUUGAUUUUGAUGUAAUCCUCGCCGUUGGCGAACCAUUCAGCUGCCAUUCUGAAGUUUGGGAAAGACCUUGGCUUAAGAAGAAGGAAAUUACUGUAACAUGUCCAGACAAGCAGAGGAAAAAACGUGGUCUGAAAGGUGGCCUGAAGGACCAAAACACUGAAGAUCCCAAAUACAGAAAAUUAGCCCAAGAAUCUUUAGACAAGUACCGUGCGACUCUUGUUGGUGGUCAACUUAAUGUCAAAGAACUGAAAGUUACCAAAGUUGCAACACAGGUAGUUUCUGGCACCAAAACAUUUAUUGAUUUUAAUGUGUUUCCUAUCAACGGUGACGAAAUAACAUGUCAUUCUGAGAUAUGGGAGCAGCCUUGGCUUAAUAAGAAAGAAAUUGAUGUAAAGUGUGUCAAUAAACAGGAAAGAAGAAAGCGACAAAUACCAGGCGGGGAAGUAACUAAGGACCAUGAAGAUCCUAAGUAUAAAAAAUUGGCGCAGGAAUCUUUGAACCAGUAUAUUCAGUCCAGCAAUGGAAAUAACGUCAAUGCUAGAGAUCUAAAAGUUAAAAAAGUAGUUACUCAAGUAGUUGCUGGUACUCUAACUAAAAUCGAUUUUGAUGUAGUUCCCACAGAGGGUGAAGUUUUCAGCUGUCAUUCUGAAGUUUGGGAAAGGCCUUGGCUUAAUAAGAAAGAAAUAAAAGUGAAUUGUGAUUUCAAUCAAAAGCAAAGAAGAGCUAAAAGAAGUUUACCUGGCGGCCGAAACGAAGUGAAUCCAGAAGACCCGAAAUACAGAAAAUUAGCUCAAGAAUCUUUAGACAAAUACCGUGCGACUCUUGUGGGUGGUCAACUUAAUGUCAAAGAACUGAAGGUCACCAAAGUUGCAACACAGGUAGUUUCUGGCACCAAAACAUUUAUUGAUUUCACCGUAUUUCCUACCAACGGUGACGAAAUAACAUGUCAUUCUGAGAUUUGGGAACAGCCGUGGCUUAACAAGAAGGAGAUAGAUGUUAACUGUGGCCUAAGGAACCGAAGGAAGCGCGAAAUAUUAGACACCAAUCCGAAUACAUAUAAACUAGGAUCUCCCAGAGAAUUUGAUGUCAGCGAUCCGCAUUUCAAAUUAUUAGCGGACGAAUCUUUACAGAAGUAUUUGGCGUUGAUCAAAAGCCCAGUAUAUCAUAAAGUUGUCGAAGUAAAGAAGGUGACAUCUAAGGUAGACAACGGCAUAGUCUACGAAAUGGAUUACACCGCAGUUCCUACUUCAUGUGCAUUAAAUGAGGUUAAUCCAGAGAAUUGUACCUCACGAAACGACACUCUUCUAUCUUGUCAUGCUCAAAUCUGGUCCCGGCCUUUGACGAAAUUAAUGGAAUUUGAUGUCGUGUGUAAAAAUGAUGAUGAUGAUAACAAAGUUGAAGAUGUUAAAUCAGAAGAAGAAAAUAAUGAUCGUGAAAAGCAACAAUUAGUACAUCCACGGCAAGAAAACACGAAUAAAAAUUUAAAAAAGCUUGCUCAAGAGGUACUGGAAACGUAUGAACGACAGUCCAACACAAAAUAUAAACAUAAAAUAAGGAGUAUUGGAAAAUCCUAUGAGCAAAUUAGUGACGGUGUCGUGACAACUAUUGAAUUUCAUGCGUCGCCCACAAAAUGCCUAACUGUUGAUGAAAAAGACGUGGAUGACUGUCAGAUAACGCAACCAGAAGUUUUAUUACAAUGCAAAUCGAUUGUACGGGAGCGGACAUGGAUAAACUUUAAACAUAUAAAAGUGUCGUGUACAAAUGUUAAAAGUACUAAGUUAGAGGUGCCAGAUUGGGAUGAUGAAAUACCAGGCCUGGAAGUAAAACACACAGAUUUAAAACAUACGGAUCUGGAUGUAAAGCACACGGGCAGAUACCGACGAGACGUAACUGGCGACGAUGACGAUAAUUACAUGGAUGAUGAAAUGAAAUAUUACUAUGCCAAUCGUGCUCUUCAUCAUCUUAAUCAACGCAGUGAUACUCAAAAUUUGCAGAAAUUAAUUACAAUUCAUUCUCUUGAUGUCUCUAAUCAGAUGGGUGCACGGAUGAUACGUAUGUACAUAGAAACGGCUAAGACAUUCUGUGUGCGUCAUCAAAUAGAGCGAGUAGAUAUUGCUCAGUGCGACGAGAUCGAAGGUUUAGCGCACAGACUGUGUCACGUCAGGCUAUGGCCCUCUGUAAAUGAGGAAAUGGUUGUUCGCCACGUGGUUGUCGUUUGCGACGACGAUAAAGACUUUGCGUCAGUGUCUGGGUUCGAAACAUCUAAACUGAUCGCGGCCUCGUUGCGAAAGCUUGAAGAAUCACCAAAAGUAAAAUUCAAAUUAGUCCACCAAGGAGAUCCAUACGUAAUACCAGCACUGAGCACCAGAUUCCCCAUUAAGUUGAAUUUUGUUGUUCUGAGGACUAAUUGUACUAAAGACGUAGAUGUGUUUAAGCAACGUCAACUAUGCUUUGUAGAUUCAACUACACCAGCUACGUCGUGCGAAUCUAAGAUAUACCUUUCGCCCAACAGCAAGGACAUCAAAGAUAUUAGAGCUACGUGCUCUAUAACUCACAGGGAACGACGGGAUGUCACCUUUGGCCCAGCAAAAUCGAAUACCGAGGAUACUAUAAUUGCUCAACUAGUUGACGAGUCAGUGGAAAAACUUGAAACAUCUUCGCUGCAUAAAUAUAAACAGAGGGUAUUGAAAAUCAAUAGUUACUCCACUAAAAUCACAAGAGGACGAGAGACCGUAAUAGAUUUCGAAGUUGGAUAUUCAUCUUGUUUAAAAUAUGAGUAUGUCAAAAAUAUAAGUAAUUGUGAAUUACUCGAGCACCUCCCAAUAAGGCAUUGUAUAUCCCAUGUCUUCGAAAGGCUGUAUGUUGAAAACGGUAGAAACAUUGAAGUAUCUUGCGAAGACGAUGAGACCCCGUUAGAAUCUCAAAUGGAAUUCGAAAAUUCUGAUCCGGCUAAUCGCAUUGCAAACGAAGCUUUAAAACACAUAGAAGCUAAAUAUCCUCACAAUAAGAGACUUCGCGUUGUUAGGAUAUUUUCUUUACAGAAGCAAAUGAUAGCUGGGAUUCACUAUAGGCUAAAAAUGGAGGUUGGCGCUACCGAUUGUCCCGCGUUAAGUCUUAGGACAGACUGCAGGCUUGUUGAUGGAUACGAAAAUAAUAAGUUCUGCCGCGUUAAUGUGUGGAUAAGGCCUUGGACGGACCACCCUCCAAAUUUCCGCGUUGUUUGCGAUUAUCAAGAAAGCGAGACCGCUGAAAUAUAUCACAAAAUGCAAGCUGAACACCUUUUCGCAAAUUUCCUAGCUACAUAUAGGCCUGAUUAUAUGGACGAUCACAAAGAAAUGUCGAGAAGGUUCAAGAUAUUUAGAGAUAACGUGAGAAAGGUUCACGAGAUGAACAUCCACGAGAGAGGAUCAGCGAGGUACGCAAUCACUAAGUUCUCCGACUUGACUGCCGAAGAGUUUAGCAGCAAGUAUUUGGGAUUGAAUACGAGCUUGAAGAUUGAGAACAACAUUCCGAUGAUAAAGGCGGAGAUACCGAAUGUGGAGUUACCGCAGUCGUUUGACUGGCGUGAACAGGGCGCCGUCACGGAGGUCAAGGACCAGGGACAAUGCGGCAGCUGCUGGGCUUUCAGCGUCACAGGAAACGUCGAAGGCCAAUGGAAACUUUCCUCGGGCAAGCUGGUAUCCUUGUCGGAGCAAGAGCUGGUGGACUGUGACAAGACAGACCAGGGCUGCAAUGGCGGCCUGAUGGACAACGCUUACAGAGCCAUAGAAGAGCUAGGCGGACUAGAGUUGGAAACCGACUACCCCUACGAAGGAGCUGACGAUAAAUGCGUGUUCAACAAGACUCUGUCCAGGGUUCAGAUCAGUGGCGCCGUCAACAUAUCAUCGAAUGAGACGGAAAUGGCGCAGUGGCUGGUCGCUAACGGACCUAUUUCUAUCGGCAUAAAUGCUAACGCUAUGCAAUUCUACGUCGGAGGCGUGUCACAUCCGUGGAAGGCACUAUGCAGUCCCAAGAACUUGGAUCAUGGAGUACUUAUUGUCGGCUUCGGAAUCAAAGAGUACCCGCUCUUCCACAAACAUCUACCCUACUGGAUAGUAAAGAACUCGUGGGGCCCAGGAUGGGGUGAACAAGGAUACUAUCGCGUAUACCGCGGAGACGGCACGUGUGGCGUAAAUAUGAUGGCCAGCAGCGCUGUUGUCUAACCUUUAUUAAUAUAGUAAUUACUCUCUCUUAGUCCACUAAUCAUUAGAAAUAUGAUCAUAGGCAACAUACCGUCCUUUUUCUUCACGUUGGAGAAAAAGGGAGGCAUACAGACCUAUGAUCAUAUUUCUAUGAUAAACUUAUGAUAAUGGACUAUCGGCCUUAGGGCCAGUUGCAUCAACCACAUUUAACAGACACAUCAACUUCAACAAUAAAAUUAAAGGAACGCUUUAGCUCUGAGAGACGAUUUGGUGCAACCUACCCUUGGUGUAAGCCUGUUAGGUUUGUGUAGGACAUGUACUAAUAGUACAAAAGACACGAUUCCCUUCAAUGUACUAGACCGAACUACUCCCAAAUGAUUCUGCUCUCUAGGACAUCUAGUACACUCACACACGCGCAAUAGAAUG